AUGCAUUGGCGGACAAUUUACGCCGACUUUUGGUCUAAACUGGCCAAGCUACAAAAUGCACUGUUCCAGAGUCGCGCCACUUUGCUCAUUACAAGGGUGUGCGUGUGUGUGUGUGUGUGCUCUUCCCCUUUUUAUUCGGAGCGCCCUACUCCGAACAAACGUGGCGCGGAGCUCGCAGAUACCCUGCAAGGGCCCGGGUGGCUCAUUUGA